AUGUCCUCGGCUCUGCGGUCUCCGCACUCCGCCUCUCAUAUCGACCUCGAGUUCAAGUGCCUGGUCGACCAAGAACAGUUUACCGCAAAUAGCGAAAACGAAGUCAACAUCUUUACGGACGGCAGCAAGAUUGAGGGCAAGGUGGGGGCGGCACUGUCCGUAUGGACUGGCGCCGCCGAAGCUAGAACCCUCAAGCUUGCUUUGCUAUCCUAUUGCACGGUGUACCAGGCGGAACUCUUGGCGAUAUGCCGGGCGGCGCGGAUGGCCGCAGACAACUUGGCCGGAUCAGUCGGGAUAUACUCUGACUCCCUGUCGGCACUGCUCACACUCAAGAAUCCAAAAGCCCACGCAGGGCUAGAGGGGAACGAGCGUGCCGACCAUCUGGCCAAGGAGGCUGCGCUGAAGUCCAAACGCGCGUUUGACUACGACAGCUGCCCGGUUUCGUUCAUCAAGCGGAGCAUUCGCAUGCAGUCGCUUGAUGAAUGGAACCAGCGGUAUCGUGGCGGUGAAACGUCUGGCGUCACCAGGGUAUUCUUCCCUGACGCGAUAGCCGCGUACAGAAUCACGAGCAAAAUAAGGGUGGACGGGCUCGUCACCAAGGCGUUGACGGGGCAUGGCGGAUUCUCCGAAUACUUGUACCGCUUCAAGUGUAAGGGGAGUCCGUCGUGCGUCUGCGACCCUGGAUGCUCCGAGUCCGUCCUCCACGUCCUCCUGGAGUGUCCAACAUUUGCCUACGAGAGGCUACGUCUAGAAAAUCAAACAGGCGUACACUUAACGGAAGGAAACCUGUGCGAAAUAAUCAAAAAUAAGCUAAGCAGAGAACUGUACCUACAGUAUUGUAUAAAAGUAGUUAAAGCUGUAAAUAUAAGGAAUAAGAAUUAG